GGACAACAGGUUAGGUCCCUUGCUCAGAACUUGUUUUGGGGACAUUUCAUCAUUGCCUGCCUGGUGGCCAGGCCCCAGGGCGGGGGCGGAUAUGUGUGUGUGUGUGUGUGUUGGGAAUUGCCAGGUUCUGCCCCUUAAAGUCUGGGAACUGGUGGAGGCGGCACCCUAGUUGAGAGAAAAGUGUUGAUCGUUUUAGGGCUGUUGAUCCAGAGUAAAAGGUUGGAAAAGUCAGGGGUGAGGAAAGCAAGAUGAGUAGACCUCUAUGGCGAGCUGAGCUCGGACGAUUUUUCCUUCUGUGGCUGCUGCUGCUACCAGUGACCAGGGUGGAUGCUCGACGAUCCCGGCCCUCGCUGCUCUGCCCAGCGGUCUGCGAGCCUACGCGCUGCCCGCCGCUGCCCACCUGCUCCGGAGGGAUGAAGCCGGUGCUCGACCGCUGCCGCUGCUGCGGGGUCUGUGCCGCGGCGGAGGGCGAGGCCUGCGGCGGGGCUCUGGGCCGGCCCUGCGCACCCGGGCUGCAGUGCGGCGCGCCAUUCACCCCGCAGCGCCUGGGCGGUGGCCGGCUCGGCACCUGUGGCUGUCCCGCCACCGGGCCCGCGGUGUGCGGCAGCGAUGGGCGCACCUACGCGAGCCUGUGCGCGCUCCGCGCCGAGAACCGCGCAGCGCGCCUCCGAGGCGCACUCCCGGCCGUGCCGGUGCAGAAAGGGGACUGUGCAGACCCAGGGACCAGGAGUGCAGGCCAGCUCAGAAGCAAGUACAACUUCAUUGCAACAGUGGUGGAGAAGGUGGCACCGUCUGUGGUUCACUUACAGCUGUUCCACAGGUCACCUCUCAGUGGCAAGGACAUUCCUGCAUCUAGUGGUUCUGGAUUCAUAGUAUCUGAGGAUGGCCUGGUUGUCACCAAUGCUCACGUCCUCACCAACCGGCAGCGGAUCCUGGUGGAACUCCAGAGUGGAGUCCAGUAUGAAGCUGUGGUCAAGGAUAUUGAUCAUAAAUUGGAUCUUGCAUUGAUAAAGAUUGAGCCCAAGGAUGACCUUCCGGUAUUGCUGCUGGGAAGAUCAUCUGACCUGCGGGCUGGAGAGUUUGUGGUAGCCUUGGGCAGCCCGUUUUCUCUUCAGAACACAGUCACUGCAGGAAUUGUCAGCACUACACAGCGAGGGGGCAAAGAAUUGGGUCUCAAAGAUUCGGACAUGGACUAUAUUCAGACUGAUGCUAUUAUUAAUCAUGGGAAUUCUGGGGGGCCACUAGUGAACUUGGAUGGUGAUGUGAUUGGCAUAAAUACACUGAAAGUGACUGCAGGAAUCUCCUUUGCAAUUCCCUCAGAUAGAAUUCGACAGUUCUUGGCCGACUAUCAUGAACGCCAGUUGAAAGGAAAGACACUUACACAGAAAAAAUAUCUGGGUUUGAGAAUGCUGUCCCUCACUAUGAACCUUCUUCAGGAAAUGAAAAGACAGGAUCCAGACUUCCCUGAUGUUAGUUCUGGGGUUUUUGUGUAUGAAGUAAUUCAAGGAACAGCUGCGGAAAGCUCUGGAUUGAGAGAUCAUGAUGUAAUUGUCAGCAUAAAUGGGCAACCUGUUUCCACCACAACGGAUGUUAUUGAUGCUGUUAAAGACAAUGAAUUCCUUUCCAUCAUGGUUCGUCGGGGAAGUAAAACUUUGAUUUUGACAGUCACACCUGAAAUAAUCAAUUAAGUAUCUUACUUUAAAGAGAAAUUAUCUAAGAAAGCCAAAACUCUAUUCCUGGUUUGUACUGAAGACAUGUCAAAGAUAAGGGGUUUCAGGACCCUUAUAAAAAAAAUGUUUUCACACACACACACACACACACACACACACACACACACACACUUACACACUUUAGGGACAUUUCGGUUAUGGGUGCUAUACUGUGGCUAAGAAGCAAAUAGGAGGCCAGGGUAUCAACCUGACAAGAUAGGAAGCACUACAGCCAUACAACCCUGAAUGCAUUUGAUCUCAUUCAAAGAUAGGAAACAAGUGAAAAAACAUGCAGUUUCUAACUUAACAAAACAUGCCACUUCACUAUUUAGUAAUGCCUAGUCACAGACCAGACAUAACACACAAUAGGUCUAUUUUCUAAAUAGUAAAGAACAAUCUGAAUUCAGGGUACAAAGGAAAUAAACACUUAAAUAAUCUCUUUAUUCAGUUUUUUAGGUUGUGUCAUAUUUGGCCAGAGCUUGUGGGCAAAAAAGGAUGGAGAUCCUUUAAAAGUCAAAUUGAAACUGAUAACUGCAUAUUAUCAUAGAGGAAAAUUAAAGAUUCUUAGCUUAUCAUUGUACAGUGGGGAAUUUUUUGGCUUUGUAGACAAGGGAUAUUUUCUAUAAAACAGCUAUUUCAAUAACUUAAAAACUUUAACCUUUUUACCCCAACUUUUUUUCUUGAUAUCACUAAUGAUUUUAAGUAUAAAAGCUGCCAAGGAUUUUUUUUUUCAUUUUUAAAAGGAGAUAACUUUUUAAAGGAUUAGUAAAAUCAUUUAAAGCAAUUAAAAAAAUUGUGAUAUGACAAUUCCUGACUUCAGGUUACAUUAUAAAGCAAUAGUAGCUAAAAUAGUAUAGUAUUGGAACAAAAAUGGACAUAUGGACCAAUGGAAUAGGAUAGAGAGCCCAGAACUAAACCCACACAUGUAUAGGCACAUUCUAUAUGAUAAAGGGGCCAAAACAGCCCAAUGGGGAAAAGAAAGUCUCUGUAACAAAUGGCAUUGGGUGAACUGGACAACCACAUGCAGAAAAAUGAAACUAGACCAUCACCUAACACCAUGCACCAAAAUUAACUCAAAAUGGAUAAAAGAUCUGGAUAUUAGACCUGAAACUAUAAAAUACACAGAAGAAUACAUUGAUGAAGCAUUUAAGAACCUUCAAUAAUGGUGUAUUUGGAGACUCCAACCCAUAGGCAAUGGAAACAAAAACAAGAAUGAACAAAUGGGACUAUAUCAAAUUGAAAAGCUUCUACACAUCAGAAGAAAAUUCCGUAAGAAUAAACAGGAAACCCAGCAAAUGGAAAAAGACAUUUUCGUACUACACUUCAGACAAGUGGUUAAUAUCAAACAUCUAUAAAGAACUCUACAGCUCAAUAAAAAGAACAGCUCAAUAAAAGUGGGCAGAAGAUAUGAAUGGGUGGUUCUCUAGAGAUACACAUGUCCCCAGACAUACACAGAAAUGUUCCAAUUCACACAUCCUUAGAGAAAUGCAAAUGAAAAAACUACACUGAGAUUCCACCUCACACAUGUGAGAAUGGGCACCACCAAUAAAACAAGAGAAGAUAAAUGUUGGACAGGAUGUGGAGAGAGAGGAACUCUACUACAUUGCUGGUGGGAGUGCAAAUUUGUGCAGUCAUUAAGGAGAACAAUAUGGAGAAUCCUUAAACACAAAUGGAAAUAUGCUCCAGCAAUUUCACUACUAAGCAUAUACUCAAAAGAUAUAAAACUGAUUUGAAGGGAAGUAUGCACCCUUUAUGUUCACAGUGGCUUUAUUCCCAGCAGCAAAAACUUGGGAGACAACCAAAAUGCCCUUUGACAAGUGACUAGAUAAAAAUGUUAUGGGACAUAUAUUUAAUGGAGUAUUACUCAGCAAUAAAAAAGAAUAUAGGCUAAAGUGUUUGGAAUUUGAGAUGAUUUUGCUUAGAAGCAAGUAAGGAGGUGAAAGACAACUACAGAAAUGGUGUCACUUAUACACAGAAUAUAGAGAACUGAACAUACAAAUUUGAGAAAAAAAGUCAAUCUAUAUCUAAGGCUGUGGGAGAACUAUAGUAGUUAUCUAUAGGGGUGGAAAUGGGGACAUAGACCUUUGGUGAUGGGAGUGGUAAGAAAAAAAAACUAUAUUGUAAACCACUAAGAAGAAAAAAAAAAAAGGAAGAAAAAGAAAUAGAAUGGUGGCCUAGGAGGUGACACAGUGGCCAGAUAAUUAGGUUUGGAAGCAUGAGUCUUGAGUAUCCUAUCCAGUACUGUAUGUGCCAGAGUGAUUCCCUUUC